UAUCCUGUAUUCUUCCUGUGUUUCUGCAUCUGUCUUAUCUUAACUAAACACGCGUAAGUUAGCUGAUGUAUCUUCCUAGUUUAGGAAUAGGAAAGUCAACUUUAUCCACCAUUUCAGAGAUGAAUAUGGCAGAUCCUCUGACAAGGCAGGAAGUCGGCAGUUUCCUCUGACCUUUAUCAAAACGACUGCAGUGUCUGUUUCUAAAGACAUUUUUCACCUGCCUGAGAAACACAGGAGGAUCUUCUGUCUUCUGUUAACGUUUCACACAAAGCAUAUUGCUGAGAAGAAGAGCCUCCUCACUUACUUGUAUGUAAAAUGAUGGCAAGUACAGCAAACUACCUCUGGUCUAUGGAAGACGUCCUGGGGCAGGGGGCAACAGCUAGCGUCUUCAAAGCACGAAAUAAGAAAACGGGUGAGCUGGUGGCUGUGAAGGUCUUCAACACCUCGAGCUACGGCAGGCCCUACGAGGUUCAGAUUAGGGAGUUCGAGAUGCUGAGGAAGCUCAACCACGUCAACAUCGUCAAGCUCUUCGCCGUGGAGGAGGGUCAGAUGCACCUGAACACUAAACAGAAGGUGCUGGUGAUGGAGUUUUGCUCCGGGGGCAGCCUGCUCAACCUUCUGGAGGAGCCCGAGAACGCCUUUGGCCUCCCAGAGUCCGAGUUCCUCAUCGUGCUGCAGUGUGUGGUACACGGGAUGAACCACUUGCGAGAGAACGGGGUGGUGCACCGUGACAUCAAGCCCGGGAAUAUCAUGAGGCUGGUGGGGGAGGACGGUCGCUCCGUCUACAAGCUUACCGACUUCGGCGCUGCCCGAGAGCUGGAGGACGACGAGAAGUUCGUCUCCAUCUAUGGAACGGAGGAGUACCUGCACCCCGACAUGUACGAGCGCGCUGUGCUGCGGAAGCCCCAGCAGAAGGCCUACGGGGUGACGGUGGACCUGUGGAGCAUCGGCGUCACCUUCUACCACGCUGCCGCCGGCACCCUGCCCUUCGUUCCCUUCGGUGGCCCCCGCAAGAACAAGCAGAUCAUGUACAAGAUUACCACAGAGAAACCCGUAGGUGCCAUCGCUGGGGUCCAGAAGGUGGAGGACGGCGUUAUUGAGUGGAGCUACCACCUGCCGCACUGCUGUCAGCUCUCAGAGGGACUGAAGACCCAGCUGGUCCCCGUGCUGGCCAGCAUCCUGGAGGCCGACCAGGAGAAGUGCUGGGGCUUCGACCAGUUCUUCGCCGAAACCACGGGCAUCCUCCACCGCGUGGCCAUCCACGUGUUCUCCCUGCAGCAGGCCACGGCGCACCAUGUCUACAUCCCCAGCUACAACACGGCCUCCAUCUUUUUUAAGGAGGUGCAGAGGCAGACGGGCGUGGUUCCCGAGCUGCAGCAGUACAUGUUCCAGGGACACCUCCUCUUUCUGGACUCCUCCAUGACGGUGGUCAGCUUCCCCCAGACCACCCCGGACCGUCCCAUCUUUCUGAUCAGCCGCCAGCCGGAGAGGACCGUGGGGCUGCUCCACCGGGAACCCGAGACACUCGUCAUGCCCUCCAGGUUCGACGUCGUUGCGGACUUCGCUUUCACCAAGGGCAUUGUUGGUGUCAUCCACCAGUAUCUAAGGAUCGCCUGCUCCUUACGGAAGUCCCAGGAGCUUAUUUUACAGGGAUUCUACGCCUACUUUGAGAAUGUCCGCACAGAGUGUGGCAGCACGGUGCACAAGAUCAGCAUAAUCAACAUGAAGGUGAUCGCCUGCCUGAAAAUGGAGGAGAAGCUGCACAAGCUGAGCCAUUCCACAGAGGAGCAUCCAGACCGUACAGAGAAUGGGAAGCAGCUCAGAGUGAUCCAGGAGAACCUUCCCAUGUAUGCCAACCGUAUUCGAGAAUUCCAGAGCAAGCUAGAUCACCUGCAUGCGGAGCUGUCCAGCCGCUCGGAGAUACUGGCGCAGGACAGAAGCACUGAGAAAAUGGAGUUCCUGCUGGAGAAGAUUUCUGAGGUGCACCAGCAGUACAGAAAGGACCGCAUGACGGGCAAGCUGGCCUACAACGACGAACAGAUUCACAAGUUUGAAAAGAUUAACCUGUCCAACAACAUCAAAAAAGUAAAGUCUAUCUACAGGGACGAUUGCUUACAGAAAUACCACGAUGUUCUCGCCGUAGCGAGCAACUGGACCAGUGCUCUCCAUGAAAUGCAGUCCCAGCUAAAGGAGUUUGGCAAUGCCUUCAAUCAGCUGAUAGGAGACCUGCAAGCGUGUGAAGAGCGUCAAAACAAGAUCCUGGACGCUGUCCUUUUCAGGGCCCACCAGGGGGUGUGGAGGCCGGAGUCCACAGAUGAACUGAAGGAGAAGGACCACAUGAUCCUCAGGAUGAACCGGCUGAAGGACGAGAUGGAGGCCGUGGCACGAGAGCUGCAGUGUAACAACAGCAUCAUUGAGAGCCUGGGGUCGAUGAGCAUUGUUCCAGGAGUCUGAUUGGCCGCCAUCACAGGGAUCACAAAAACUUUCAGCACUUGAAAAACAUUAAAACAAGCUUUCAGAAACACAGCACUUUUAUUCACAGGGUCAGGUACUAGGGGAGAUCCCAGAUGUUUGGGAUCAAUGUACAAACCCCUGUUCAUCUCUACAUGUCUUCUGUUGGUGAAUAUACAAAUUUCUUUGUGUAUGGGAUAGAUAAUGUCCAUAUGCUAGUGUCAGCCAUUUAAAAUUGAACUAGAUUGUUACUGUUUUUUUCUUUUUUUUUUUUUUAUUUGAAGAGGUCAGCGAUCCUCUUGGCCUUGUCUCUAUAGAGUAAAGCAUUUGUCUGGUGUGCUUUAGAAACAGCUCAGGGUCACUCACAUUUAUGUCUAUCUAUUUCACCAGCCCAAUUGCCUAAUUAUUGCUCAACUGCAUAUUCAGUGUUCCCCUUGAAUGGAAGUCUUAAAGCUGCCACUUGCAAGAUUGAUUUUAUUUUGAGAAUUAACCAUGCAACCCCACCACGGUAAUUACUCUAUUGAUUGUCAGGAGAGUCCGUUCAAUACAGCGGGUCCUGCUGAUGUCCAAAUAAGCAAAACGGCAGAGUUUCCAAACUGCCAGGGCUGUAAAAGUGGUGGAGCCAACCACUUUUGUAUGUGGUCCACCUGUCAGUCCACACGUCUCCAUGUACGUAGUAUAACUGUAAUUGAGAAAUGUGUCAUGUAAUGAUAUUUGAUUUGGUGUUCUUCGGUACCUCUCUUGAUUUUUGUGUGACAAAGUGUGUAUUGGCUUUGAGCUUAUUUCCUGGGAAGCUUGGACUGCUGUCUGAAAAAAAAAAUCACUGUUCUUUACUUGGGGCUGGAAAUGAUUUUUCUUAAAUUGUUUUAUUUUACAUUUACUGGAAAUACAAUAUGCUGUUAAAGUGAACCACAGAAAAUGUAUGUAGUUGGACAAAGCAAGCGCUGGUUCAAUACUGAUUUAUAAAUAUGUCCAACCAAACACUUUUCUGUGGUGUAUUUCCUCAUAGAACCACCCAUUGUGCCUUUCAGUGUACAGAAACUGCAGUCAAUGUUGGAGACAUGAGUGAUACGGUGAUC